AUGAACACCCUCCCAACUCUGUUUCUCUUGGCCGCCGGCCUCUCUGUGGCUUGCUGUGGUCCAAGGCCAUCAAUCCAAAAGAGGGCUCUCAACCAGUUCAGGGAAGAAAUCCAGUGCCUGAUGUCCGACAGCUCGCCGGUUCUGGACUACUAUGACUACGGCUGCUACUGUGGAUAUGGCGGCUCUGGUACGCCUGUGGACGAGCUGGACAGGUGCUGCCAAGUGCACGACAACUGUUACGGUGACGCCAUGCAGCACGACGCAUGCUGGCCCAUCUUCGACAACCCUUACACCGAGUUCUACAACUUCAGAUGUGCCAAACAAAGCAAGAUGAUCACCUGUGGCGACAACAACGAUGAAUGUGAGCAGUUCAUCUGUGAGUGUGACAGGAAGGCUGCCGAGUGUUUCGCCAGAUCAACUUAUCACCCCGAGAACCAGCGACUGCCCAGUGACCAAUGUCAGUAGAAGACCUCUCCAGUUAAUCCAACACAGGAUCCACUCCCACACACGACACACCCAUCACUGAGCUCUCAGGAGCGGCAGCAGCUUGUUUCGUCCGCUCAUUGAAAUA